AUGCCCGACGCCGCGUCGACGCGCGCCGCGCCGACGGCGUCGACGGCGUCGUCGACGACGCUCGCGAUCGGGUUCGAGGGCAGCGCGAACAAGAUCUCCGUCGGCGUCGCGCGCGCGGACGGGACGAUCCUGGCGAACCCGCGGGAGACGUACGUGACGCCGCCGGGCACGGGAUUCCUGCCGCGAGAGACGGCGAAACACCACCGAGACGUCGUGGUCGAACUCGCGCGACGGGCGCUGGAGGAGGCGAAAGCGUCGAUGCGAGACGUGGACGCGGUGUGCUUCACGCGAGGGCCGGGGAUGGGGGCGCCGCUGACGACGGCGGCGGCGUGCGCGAGGACGCUGGCGCUGCUGUUCGAUAAACCGCUGGUGGGGGUGAAUCACUGCGUGGCACACAUCGAGAUGGGAAGGUUGGUCACGGGAGCGCGAGAUCCGGUGGUGCUGUACGCGUCGGGAGGGAACACGCAGGUCAUCGCGUACAACGAACGACGGUAUCGAAUCUUUGGCGAGACGAUCGACAUCGCGGUGGGGAACAUGCUCGAUAGGUUCGCGCGCGUGUGCGGGCUGAGCAACGACCCGGCGCCGGGGUAUAAUAUCGAACAAGAGGCGAAAAAGGGGACGAAAUUCAUCGAAGGACCGUACGGGGUGAAGGGAAUGGAUGUGAAUUUGAGCGGGAUUUUGACGUUUUACGAGACGUACGCCAAGGAGCACUUGGGCGCGGGCGAGGUCACGGUGGCGGAUUUGUGUAUGUCCAUGCAAGAGACGGUGUUUAGCAUGCUCGUCGAGAUCACCGAGCGCGCGAUGGCGCACACGAAUGCCAAGGAUGUCCUGAUCGUCGGCGGGGUCGGGUGCAACCUGCGCCUGCAGGAGAUGAUGGCCAUCAUGGCGAGCGAACGAGGAGGGAAGCUGUACGGCUUGGACGAAGACGGGCGAAUGGACGAUCGAUUUUGUAUCGAUAAUGGCGCCAUGAUCGCCUACACAGGUUUGUUACAGUACGAAAACGGCGAGACGACACCUUUGGAGAAGACGUGGUGCACGCAAAGGUUCCGCACGGAUGAAGUUUUAGUGACGUGGCGGUCCGAAGCCGUCAAGCGACCGGCGAGCUGCGAGCCGCCGACUGUGUGA